AUGGCGAGCCUCGCCGCGCUCGCCCUCAGCCUGCUUCUGCGGCUGCAGCUGCCGCCGCUGCCCGGCGCCCGGGCGCAGAGCGCCGCAGGUGGCUGUUCCUUUGAUGAGCACUACAGCAACUGUGGAUAUAGUGUGGCCCUGGGGACCAAUGGGUUCACCUGGGAGCAGAUCAACACGUGGGAGAAGCCAAUGCUGGACCCAGCAGUGCCUACAGGGUCCUUCAUGAUGGUGAAUAGCUCUGGGAGGGCGUCUGGCCAGAAGGCCCACCUUCUCCUGCCGACCUUGAAGGAGAAUGAUACCCACUGCAUCGAUUUCCACUACUACUUCUCCAGCCGUGACCGGUCCAGUCCAGGGGCCUUGAAUGUCUACGUGAAGGUCAAUGGUGGGCCCCAGGGGAACCCUGUCUGGAAUGUGUCUGGGGUCGUCACCGAGGGCUGGGUGAAGGCAGAGCUCGCCAUCAGCACCUUCUGGCCACAUUUCUAUCAGGUGAUAUUUGAAUCCGUCUCUUUGAAGGGUCAUCCUGGCUACAUCGCUGUGGACGAGGUCCGGGUCCUGGCUCAUCCAUGCAGAAAAGCACCUCAUUUUCUACGACUCCAAAAUGUGGAGGUGAACGUGGGACAGAAUGCGACAUUCCAGUGCAUUGCUGGUGGGAAGUGGUCUCAACAUGACAAACUUUGGCUCCAGCAGUGGAAUGGCAGAGACACGGCCCUCAUGGUCACCCGUGUGGUCAACCACAGGCGCUUCUCAGCGACAGUCAGUGUGGCGGACACUGCCCAGCGCAGCGUCAGCAAGUACCGCUGUGUGAUCCGCUCAGAUGGAGGGUCUGGUGUGUCCAACUACGCGGAGCUGAUCGUGAAAGAGCCUCCCACCCCCAUCGCCCCUCCAGAGCUGCUGGCUGUGGGGGCCACCUACCUGUGGAUCAAGCCCAAUGCCAACUCCAUCAUCGGGGACGGCCCUAUCAUCCUGAAGGAGGUGGAGUACCGCACGACCACGGGCACCUGGGCCGAGACCCACAUAGUCGACUCUCCCAACUACAAGCUGUGGCACCUGGACCCCGACGUGGAGUACGAGAUCCGGGUGCUGCUCACACGGCCCGGCGAGGGUGGCACAGGACCGCCGGGGCCUCCCCUCACCACCAGGACCAAAUGUGCCGAUCCCGUGCAUGGCCCGCAGAACGUGGAGAUCGUGGACAUCCGGGCCCGGCAGCUGACCCUGCAGUGGGAGCCCUUUGGCUACGCCGUGACCCGCUGCCAUAGUUACAACCUCACGGUGCAGUACCAGUACGUGUUCAACCAGCAGCAGUACGAAGCCGAGGAGGUCAUCCAGACCUCCUCCCACUACACCCUGCGGGGCCUGCGUCCCUUCAUGACCAUCCGGCUGCGGCUCCUGCUGUCCAACCCAGAGGGCCGGAUGGAGAGCGAGGAGCUGGUGGUGCAGACCGAGGAGGACGUUCCAGGAGCUGUUCCUCUUGAAUCCAUCCAAGGAGGGCCCUUUGAGGAGAAGAUUUACAUCCAGUGGAAACCUCCCAACGAGACCAAUGGGGUCAUCACGCUCUAUGAGAUCAACUACAAGGCUGUGGGCUCACUGGACCCCAGUGCCGACCUCUCCAGCCAGAGGGGGAAAGUGUUUAAGCUCCGGAAUGAAACUCACCACCUCUUUGUGGGUCUGUACCCAGGAACCACCUACUCCUUCACCAUCAAGGCCAGCACCGCCAAGGGUUUUGGACCCCCGGUCACCACUCGGAUUGCCACCAAAAUUUCAGCUCCAUCGAUGCCUGAGUACGACACGGAUACCCCCCUGAAUGAGACGGACACAACCAUCACGGUGAUGCUGAAGCCCGCUCAGUCCCGGGGAGCCCCGGUCAGCGUUUAUCAGCUGGUGGUCAAGGAGGAGCGACUUCAGAAGUCCCGGAGGGCGGCUGACAUCAUCGAGUGCUUCUCGGUCCCUGUGAGCUACAGGAAUGCCUCCAGCCUGGAUUCUCUGCACUACUUUGCUGCUGAACUGAAGCCUGCCAACCUGCCUGUCACUCAGCCGUUUACAGUGGGUGACAACAAGACAUACAAUGGCUACUGGAACCCUCCUCUCUCCCCACUGAAAAGCUACAGCAUCUACUUCCAGGCACUCAGCAAAGCAAAUGGAGAGACCAAAAUCAACUGUGUUCGUCUGGCUACAAAAGCACCAAUGGGCAGCGCCCAGGUGACCCCGGGGACUCCACUCUGCCUCCUCACCACAGGUGCCUCCACCCAGAAUUCUAACACCGUGGAGCCCGAGAAGCAGGUGGACAACACGGUGAAGAUGGCGGGCGUGAUCGCUGGCCUCCUCAUGUUCAUCAUUAUUUUGCUGGGCGUGAUGCUCACCAUCAAAAGGAGAAGAAAUGCUUAUUCCUACUCCUAUUACUUGAAGCUGGCCAAGAAGCAGAAGGAGACACAGAGUGGAGCCCAGAGGGAGAUGGGGCCUGUGGCCUCUGCGGACAAACCCACCACCAAGCUCAGCGCCAGUCGCAAUGACGAAGGCUUCUCCUCCAGUUCUCAGGACGUUAACGGAUUCACAGAUGGCAGCCGCGGGGAGCUGUCCCAGCCCACCCUCACCAUCCAGACUCACCCCUACCGGACCUGCGACCCCGUGGAGAUGAGCUACCCCAGGGACCAGUUCCAGCCCGCCAUCCGGGUGGCCGACCUGCUGCAGCACAUCACCCAGAUGAAGAGAGGCCAGGGCUACGGGUUCAAGGAGGAAUACGAGGCCUUACCUGAGGGGCAGACGGCUUCGUGGGACACGGCCAAGGAAGAUGGAAACCGCAACAAGAAUCGAUAUGGGAACAUCAUAUCCUAUGACCAUUCCAGAGUGAGAUUGCUGGUGCUGGAUGGAGACCCGCACUCUGACUAUAUCAAUGCCAAUUAUAUUGACGGGUACCACCGACCCCGGCACUACAUUGCAACUCAGGGUCCAAUGCAGGAGACGGUAAAGGACUUUUGGAGAAUGAUCUGGCAAGAGAACUCCGCCAGCAUCGUCAUGGUCACAAACCUGGUGGAGGUGGGCAGGGUGAAGUGUGUACGAUACUGGCCAGAUGACACAGAGGUCUAUGGCGACAUUAAAGUCACCCUGAUUGAAACAGAGCCCCUAGCAGAGUACGUCAUCCGGACCUUCACAGUCCAGAAGAAAGGCUACCACGAGAUCCGGGAGCUCCGCCUCUUCCACUUCACCAGCUGGCCUGACCACGGGGUGCCCUGCUACGCCACUGGCCUCCUGGGCUUCGUCCGCCAGGUGAAGUUCCUCAACCCCCCGGAAGCAGGGCCCAUAGUGGUCCACUGCAGUGCUGGAGCUGGGAGGACCGGCUGCUUCAUUGCUAUUGACACCAUGCUCGACAUGGCUGAGAACGAAGGGGUGGUGGACAUCUUCAACUGCGUGCGUGAGCUCCGGGCACAGAGGGUCAACCUGGUGCAAACAGAGGAGCAGUAUGUGUUUGUGCACGAUGCCAUCUUGGAAGCGUGCCUGUGUGGCAACACGGCCAUCCCGGUGUGUGAAUUCCGCUCUCUGUACUACAACAUCAGCAGGCUGGACCCCCAGACGAACUCCAGCCAGAUCAAAGACGAGUUUCAGACACUCAACAUAGUAACACCUCGCGUCCGGCCGGAAGAUUGCAGCAUUGGGCUCCUGCCCCGGAACCAUGAUAAGAAUCGCAGCAUGGAUGUCCUGCCUCUGGACCGCUGCCUGCCCUUCCUCAUCUCAGUGGAUGGAGAGUCCAGCAACUACAUCAAUGCGGCACUGAUGGAUAGCCACAAGCAGCCCGCCGCCUUCGUGGUCACCCAACACCCUCUACCCAACACUGUGGCGGACUUCUGGAGGCUGGUGUUCGAUUAUAACUGCUCCUCUGUAGUGAUGCUGAAUGAGAUGGACACUGCCCAGCUCUGUAUGCAGUACUGGCCCGAGAAGACCUCCGGGUGCUACGGACCUAUCCAGGUGGAGUUCGUCUCCGCGGACAUCGACGAGGACAUCAUCCACAGAAUAUUCCGCAUCUGUAACAUGGCUCGGCCACAGGAUGGGUAUCGUAUCGUCCAGCACCUCCAGUACAUCGGCUGGCCUGCCUACAGGGACACACCCCCCUCCAAGCGCUCUCUGCUCAAAGUGGUUCGACGGCUGGAGAAGUGGCAGGAGCAGUAUGACGGGAGGGAGGGACGCACCGUGGUCCACUGCCUAAAUGGGGGAGGCCGCAGUGGUACCUUCUGCGCCAUCUGCAGUGUGUGUGARAUGAUCCAGCAGCAGAACAUCAUCGACGUGUUCCACAUUGUGAAAACAUUGAGGAAUAACAAAUCCAACAUGGUGGAGACCCUGGAACAGUAUAAAUUUGUAUACGAGGUGGCACUGGAAUAUUUAAGCUCCUUUUAG